UCCCUGCUUACCUUUUGAACUUUUCCUCCACCAAGCCCUCUCACCAUGAACAGACAAGCCUGCAAGACGACCUUCAGCAGUGGGGGCCGGGGCUUCUCCGGCCGCUCAGCUGUGGUCUCCGGCAGCAGCAGGAUGAGCUGCGUGGCCCGCUCUGGGGGAGCCAGCGGUGCAGGGGCCUGCGGCUUCCGCAGUGGGGCCGGUGGGGCCGGCGGCUUUGGCAGCCACAGCCUCUACAACCUGGGCGGCACCAAGAGCAUCUCCUGCAGCGUGGCUGCUGGCUCUCGGGCUGGGGGCUUUGGGGGUGGCCGUAGCAGCUAUGGCAGUGGUUUUGGGGGUGGCUAUGGAGGUGGCUUUGGUGGAGGUUUGGGUGGUGGCAGAGGAAUGGGAGGUGGCUUUGGAGGAGCAGGUGGCUUUGGUGGGGCUGGUGGCUUUAGGGGAGCUGGUGGCUUUGGGGGCCCAGGUGGCUUUGGUGGGCUUGGUGGCUUUGGUGGCCCUGGUGGCUUUGGUGGUCCAGGUGGCUUCCCCGGGGGAAUCCAGGAAGUGACCAUCAACCAGAGCCUCCUGCAGCCCCUUAACGUGGGGAUUGACCCCCAGAUUGGGCAAGUGAGGACCCAGGAGAGGGAGCAGAUCAAGACCCUCAACAACAAGUUUGCCUCCUUCAUCGACAAGGUACGUUUCCUGGAGCAGCAGAACAAGGUCCUGGAGACCAAGUGGAACCUGCUCCAGCAGCAGGGGACCAACUCCAUCACGGGCACCAACAACCUGGACCCCCUGUUUGAGAACUACAUCAGCUCCCAGCGGAGCUACCUGGACGGUGUCUUGGGGGAGAGAGGCCGCCUGGAAUCAGAGCUGAGGAACAUGCAGGACCUGGUGGAGGACUUCAAGAAGAAAUAUGAGGAUGAAAUCAAUAAACGCACAGCUGCUGAGAAUGAAUUUGUGACCCUGAAGAAGGAUGUGGAUGCAGCCUACAUGGCCAAGGUGGACCUGCAGGCCAAGGUGGACACCCUCAUAGAUGAGAUCAACUUCCUGAGGGCCCUCUAUGAUAUGGAGCUGUCCCAGAUGCAGAGCCACGUCAGCGACACCUCUGUGGUCCUGUCCAUGGACAACAACCGCUCUCUGGACCUGGACAGCAUCAUCGCCGAGGUCAAGGCCCAGUACGAGGACAUCGCCCAGAGGAGCAAGCUGGAGGCUGAGUCCCUGUACCAGACCAAGCUUGGGGAGCUGCAGUCCACGGCAGGCAGACACGGUGAUGACCUGAAGAGCACCAGGAGUGAGAUCAUGGAGCUCAACAGGAUGAUCCAGAGGCUGCAGGCCGAGAUCGAGAACGUCAAGAAGCAGAACGCCAACCUGCAGGCCGCCAUUGCUGAAGCUGAACAGCGUGGGGAGCUGGCCCUCAAGGACGCCAAUGCCAAGCUUCAAGAAUUACAAGCCGCCCUGCAGCAGGCCAAGGAUGACCUGGCCCGGCUGCUGCGGGACUACCAGGAGCUCAUGAACGUGAAGCUGGCCCUGGACGUGGAGAUCGCCACCUACAGGAAGCUGCUGGAGGGCGAGGAGUGCAGGAUGUCUGGAGAGUGCCAGAGUGCCGUCAGCAUCUCCGUGGUCAGCAGCAGCAACACCACGUCGGCCAGGGCUGGCGGCUACGGUGGAGGCAUCGGAGGAGGCAUCGGAGGAGGCAUCGGAGGAGGCAUCGGAGGUGGCAUUGGAGGAGGCAUCGGAGGAGGCUUUGGAGGAGGCUUUGGAGGAGGCUUUGGAGGAGGCAUCGGAGGAGGUCUCGGAGAAGGCAUUGGAAGCAUCCGACCAGGAGGGGGCGCCGGCAGCGGCUUUGUCCCGGCCAGGCUCAGCGGCGGGGGCUUCAGCUCCGGCAGCAGGGGCAGCACCGUCAAGUUCUCCCAGUCCUCCCAGCGCAGCUCCAGAUAAACAGCGCUCACCUGCACGCUCACCUGCACGCUCCCCUCAACCACGCCCCUGCCCUCCAGCA